CCAAGAAAAUGCACGCCGUCAGGAAAUAAAACGAAACUCCUGGACCGAAAGCUGAAAGAACUGCGCCUGUGUUCUGUGCGCACAGCGCCAACGUCGGAACGAUGACCCCCCCCCCCGAAGAGCUUCGGGGAGGCUUCCAAAGAAGCGACACUAGUGUCCGGAUUAUUCCUCUUCUCCCUGCCAACCCCUCCUUCCUUCUUCCACCGAAAGCCAAUCCUCUGCUCGGACAACGCCGGGACAACCGUCGCAGUUUCGAUUUCCUUGCAAGGCACGCCUUCUCCCUGACGUUUGGAAAGUCAAGCCGCCCCCUAAAGCGGAUCGCAGAAGAGAAACCGCGCGUCGUUUUGGAGAAUCUGCUCGGGUUUUUCCUUGGGCGAUCAAGAGGCGAGGAUCCUUCUUCACUCAUGCCGGGCGCAGGGAAGAGACGCCCCGGAGGAGCCACUAGUUCCCCCGGAGGCUCGCUCUCGAGACCUACCCGCAGCUUCCAGAAGCCUGGGAAGAAAGUUGCCGAAAAGAUGCGCGAGCGGAGAGCUGGAGCCGAAGGGAGCGACCGGUUGAGUUCUCCCGCUGUCUCCUCCCCGCCACUCAGGGCUCCGUUGCUCUUGUUCCCAAGGGUGGGGUACCACCACAGCAUCUUCAAAGAGGACCCCGAAGCCAUUCGCCAGAUCAGCUGUAAGCAAGGUUACCUAGCGAUGGCGCAGACACCGAACACCGUGCAACUUUUCUGCCGGGCGCAAGACGAACAGCAUCAGCCAGCCCUCGUGCAAAAUCGCAGGAGCAUCUGCUUAAAAGAGAAAAUCAAGAUAAAUUCACUGGAUUGUGAAGCAUCUCACCUGCUUAUUCUCUUAUCAAAUGGAAAACUUUCAGAGCAUGAUAUUACAACCCAAACCCCACAAAUAAGACUACUGAAAGAAUUAACAAACAAAUACAUUGUACAGAUUGCAUGUGGUGAUCAUCAUUCCAUGGCUCUUUCAAAAGGAGGAGAACUCUUUGCCUGGGGUGAGAAUGAACAUGGGCAGCUUGGAGUGGAAAAGAAGAUGGGUCACGUUAAGGAACCACAGCCGGUACUAGCACUGGAAGGCAUUCCUUUGAUUAUGAUUGCAGCUGGAUCUGCUCACAGCAUGGUUGUCUCUAUAUUUGGGACUGUUUACUCUUGGGGAAAAAAUACGUUUGGACAACUGGGCCUUGGAGACACAGAAGGUGAGGAGAAAUUCUGGGAAUGGGGUGGAGGAGGCAUUUGAGAUACGCUCAUUCUCAUAGGAAAUGGAUCAACUAAGCUCAUUGUUUCUGAGCUUGGUUGUUUUCUUGCAGACAUUUCAUUACCAAACUAG